CUUGAAUAGCACACUGGACACUGUUGUGACGGUGGAACGGCGUCUCCGAGUGAACGACAUUACUGACAGCAUCGAAACAGUUAAUGGUAGUUAGCGACAGUUGCUCUGACAAACCCUUAAGAGGAGUAACAAGUAAAUACUGUUCGGUAGUUUACUUUUAUUUUGCGCGAGUUUGUUUUGAAACGUCAGAAACUCAAAACUUUUCACAGUGACUAAUUCUGAAAUACGUAUAUAUAUUUUUUCAAAUUAAGUUUAACGUCGUUUAACGAACUUUGAAGCUCAGUUCUGAGAGCGUGAACAUGAUCUGAAAGGCGCUAAAGUGAAGCCAUCGGAGCGGAUCAUCAGGAUGACAGAGCCAGCGGAGCAGACCCAUCACCUGAAAACUUCAGGCAGCCCAUCAGGUGGGAGCAGCGGAGACGCGUCGGAGCAUCUCCCAGCCAGCAACCGUGGUGGACCAGAGAAUGGCGACAGGGGGCGACAGAGAGACCAGAAGCGGCAGCAGCGGGCGGGGAACUGUGGGGAUAUCAACACAGACAAGUUAUGGCAAAUGAAAGGCGGACAGAGGGGGGUGUGCCCUGCCUUUGCAGCCGGAAACGAGCUCCCAAAGUGCCCGAUUGCAGCUCGGUCUCAUCAGAAAUCCGAUGUGCAGGCAGCGGGAGACGGUGGUCCCCCCUCACAGGGGAAAAACGGUGAAGACAGACCGCUGGGGGAGACCUUAAACCUCAAAGAGGAGAGUUUGCUCAUCGACUCCGACACUGGCUUUGAUACGCGUCUGGGCAGGAAGAGACACAGGCGCAGGAACUCCAAGAAGAAGCGCAGCUGGAAGCCUUAUUAUAAACUUUCCUGGGAGGAGAGGAAAGCCCUGGAAGAGAAAGAGACAGCCAGGGCAUCCCGGCUGAGAGAGGAGAUGUUCGCCAAAGGGCUCCCCGUGGCCCCCUACAACACCACCCAGUUUCUGAUGGACGAGCACGACCGAGAGGAGCCGGACCUCAACACCGAGACCGGGGUCAGGCGACCCUCGGGGGUCGGCGGCCGCAUGGAGGACACAGGCAGUGAGGAGGAGUUCUUCGACAACGAGGAGGACGACGAUGAUGACGGCAGCGGCGGAGGUAGCGACGGCAUCGGGAGGCCUGGGAACGCAGGUGGGGAGUUUCUUCAGAGAGACUUUUCCGAGACCUAUGAGAUGUACCACGUCGAGAGCCUACAGAAUAUGACCAAGCAGGAGCUGGUCCAGGAGUACCUGGAGCUGGAGAAGUGCAUGUCCCGCCUGGAGGAGGAGAACAACCGGCUGAGGCGCGCCGUAGAGCCCGGGGGUCUGACCGUGGAGAGCUCCCUGGUCCGGCUUGGAGAGCUGGAGAGGGAACUGGAGAGACUGAGGGCCCAAAACACGGAGCUCCUUCUGCAGAACCAGCCGAGCAAGGACAGGAGUCAGGUCGCUACUAAUUAAAGGACACAAUUCAAGUAGGGAAACCUACAAGGUAAAAAUAAUGGGACUGCUGCAUUUAAAAACAAAGUCAUCCGUUUUCUGUAAUCAGUUUGUCUUCUGGAUGAAGUCCUUGCAUUGCAAUGCAAUACUUGACGUUUCUUUUCUAUUUGGACUGUAAGGGUGUCCUGUUAAUUUUUUUUUUUUUUCAAGAAGAAAUGUAAAUAUUUCAAAAACAAGAUUCUUUUUUUAUAAAGAGAAUGUAUUUGACAACACGAGAAUAUUUUGUUUGUUUACCCGGUCAACUUAGUAGGUAUUCACUGAAAUACCCUGUUCCAUUUUUGAAUUUAAACAAACAUCGUAUGUUGCAUUUUCUUCCAAAAAAUAAUUUGAUAACAAAUUACAGCUAAUUGAUCCGGCUUGCAAAGACUGUUUUUUGCAUAAGUAAAUUCCAGAGUGACCAUUUUUAACAGUUGUGUGUUAACAUAAGUUCAAAUAAAAUUUUGAAAUUCUG